CGUGUAUCCGUUACAGUGUCGGCCAAAGCUCAACGAACUCUCAUCCGAUAUGUAUAUCAUGGUGCAAUCAUCAAAACCGGAUUCGGAUAAGCUUCUUGGAUCCUAAACUCCUAAAAAAGGGUUUCCUCUUAGUCCUUUUCACAAGGUUGAUCAGUGUUUGUUUGCAUUUACCGUGAGUACCUUACUACUUCGAUUCCUCUCUCUCCUUUGAGUCAGGCUGAUAGAAACGGUGCCUUUGCAAGAUUUUUGACUUUGGCACUGAUUAAGGUCGAGUAAUGGAGGGUGAAAGAGUGGUAAUAGCUAAACCGGUGGCCUCAAGGCCUUCUUCAAGUUCUAGCUUCAGGACAUUCACUGAGCUUCUCACUGAUACAGUUACCGUAUCUCCUCAAUCUAAUUGCCAUGACAUUGUUGACGCUGCUAUUAGACCAAAGACUUUGAGAUUCAACCAGCCUGUUGCAGCUUCGGUCUCAUGUCCACGGGUUGAAGGAAAUAGUAAUGGAAAUGGAAAGUCUUGUGAUGAUUCAGAUAGCAGAAGCUACGUCGUUUAUAAACCGAAAGCAAAGCUUGUCUCCAAAGCAACAGUCUCUGCAUUGGCUAAUAUGCUUCAGGGGAACCGGCAACAGAUUUGGAGACAAACGGAAGCAGUAGGCUACGGGAAGAGUGUGAGCCAAGGUACAUAUCGAGCGGGUCCUAAUCCAAUCCAGAAAGUUCCAUCCUUUUCGGAAUCAGAAUCAUCUAUUGGGGAUAGAUCUUCAGUAGACGGAUACAACUGGAGGAAAUACGGACAGAAGCAAGUUAAAGGAAGUGAGUGUCCAAGGAGUUACUACAAAUGCACACAUCCUAAAUGUCCGGUGAAGAAGAAAGUAGAGAGAUCAGCGGAAGGUCAAGUUUCAGAGAUUGUGUAUCAAGGUGAGCAUAAUCACUCAAAGCCAUCAUGUCCUCUUCCACGGCGCGCUUCAUCAUCAACCUCUUCAGGGUUUCAGAAACCACCAAAAGGGCUUGCUUCUGAAGGAUCAAUGGGACAAGACCAUAACAAUAACCUCUACCGUCCUCUUUGGAGCAACCAAAGCAAUGACUCUUCUAAAACCAGAACAGAGAAGAUGAACGAGGGUUGCGUUAUUACACCUUUUGAGUUUGCUGUUCCAAGAUCGACAAAUUCAAAUGCCGGAACUUCAGAUUCGGGUUGCAGAAGUAGCCAAUGUGAUGAAGGCAGCAUCGGAGGAGAGCUUGAUGAUCCAAACAGAACCAAAAGAAGGAAGAACGAGAAGCAAUCAAGUGAAGCAGGAGUAUCGCAAGGCUCAGUUGAAUCAGACAGUCUUGAAGAUGGAUUCAGGUGGAGGAAGUACGGACAAAAAGUGGUGGGAGGCAAUGCGUAUCCAAGAAGUUAUUACAGAUGCACGAGUGCUAAUUGCAGAGCAAGGAAACAUGUUGAAAGAGCGAGUGAUGAUCCAAGAGCAUUCAUUACAACCUACGAGGGUAAACAUAAUCAUCAUUUGAUCUUGAACCCUCCAGCUUCCUCUACUCUUCCUUUUAACUCCCAACAGCUUUCUAAGUAAGACCAUUUUGAUCCCUUCUUGCUUUCUCUUUUUUUCAAUUUCUUAUUUGUUAAGAAAGAGAAAAAAAGAGAAAGCAAAUGGUAAAACACUAAACACAAUCACCAUUAGCUCUUUUACCCCUACCAACUUCCUUAAGAUCACCACAGCUCUCUAAGAAAGGCAUUUGAUCCAUUGGUGUCUUGUUCUUCAAUUUUUAUACCACAUUAAUUAAUUAAUUAAUUAAUCGUGUGAAUUUAUUUUGUUUACAUCAAGAUUGUAAGGAUAAGGAGACUGAUGUUAUUUGACAAAACCAAAUAAAAAAAGGAGUGUUAUAUUCUUAA